CCCCCAAUCUCAGCAGCUAUGACGCAUCUGCUUGGCUAGAGACAAACGAUGGCCAGGCAACUGCAGGGGGCGCGGAAGCGGAUACGGAUACCGCGCCGUAUACUCAUCGCGUCCCUCCUGAUCCAAGACCCCACGUCUGCCAUCGACGACGGCGCCGCGGGGGAACCUGUGGCCAGGCGGACGCGCAGCCGCCGUCGCGCAGCCGCCACCGCCCUCAACCGCCUCCCGGAGGAGAUCGUGGCGUGGGAGAUCUUCAUCCGACUUCCGGCCAAGGACGUCAUCCGCUGCCACGCAGUCUGCCGAUCCUGGCGCUGGCUCGCCUCCAACCCGGAUUUCCUCGUCGCCCACCACCGGUGGCAGCCGUCGCUCCCUCUCGUCACGUUCGACCGCCGUAUAGCCAAUUCAAGUAAAGAGUCCGGCCACCCGAUCUUGGAGCGCCGCCGGGGCCGGCCUGUCAUCGCGCUCGACGACUACUUUGACAACAAUGGCUUCAAGCUGCAUGCCUCCUGCGAUGGCCUCCUGUUGCUCGCCAUGUCUGAUGGCCGUUUCAGCAUCUGUAACCCAGCCACGCGUGAGUGCGCCUCACUUUCAAGCCUCACUGCUGCCGGCACUAUCAACAUCCUCGCACUCUACCUGCACCGCCCAUUGGGCAAGUACCGCGUCCUUUAUUCGAAAGGAAGACACCAUGCCAAAGCAGCUGCCUACUACAUCGUCCUUACCGUGGGGCGGAGAGGCUCACCGAGGAGCAUCGGAGUGCCUUCAGAUAGCCCUGCCAUGGAGAAGGCUAUGCUGGCCGUGCACAAAAUGAUCGACAUUUAUUUGCCACCACCCGUCACGUUUCACAACUACCUUCACUCGUUACUUGGAUGGCUCUGCAACGUUGACAUAGUAGUUUUCGACACGGUGGUUGAGUCAUUUAGAUCCAUGUGCGGCCCACCUGAUGCUACCAGCUGCUGCACUCAAUUGUGUGACAUGGAGGGCUCUAUUGGCUUCAGUUGCUUGGACGAGAAGGGGACAGUCGCCCGAAUAUGGGUGCUGGAGGACUACGAGAGGGAGAUCUGGUCAUUCAAAUACCAUGUUAAAUUUCCCGUGGAGGACUUCUGUCACUUUACAGAUACACGGCAUUUCAUUUUGUCCUGCAAGGGAGAUGUAUUGGUGUACAAUACAUCCGCAUGUUACAUGUUCCACUGUGACAACACCGGCAAGUUGCUAGAGGAAUUCCGGUGGGAACCCAGGUCACAAGGUUUGCAUGAUAUUGGACACAUGUUCAAAGAAAGCCUUGUUGAGCAUGAGUUCUUCCUGAGGCGAGGUGCUGGCCGUGCUGGACAACCAAGUUUUUUCAAAGGGAUUUAAAUUAAGACCAACACUUUCGUUGAGCAGGAGCACUGGCCUACACCGACAGAGAUUAAUUUUGGGCGCUAUGAGUCGCGGAAUUUGAAUUGAUUAUGCCACGACCUUGUCCAAUCACAACAUAUAC